AACCUGAAUCCGUCCUGCACCACAGAGUCGCUAAAAAUGGCUGAAGUUGAUUUCGGCGACAGUGAGCUCUUUGAGCAGCUUGAUGACUCCGCGCCGCCGACGGUACCGACACAUAUUCGCUUCACAGAUGAUGAGGAAGACCAGGCGGAAACGAGCCAGCUCCGUAGCCGACUGGAGAAGUGUGAUGACCACAUCCAGAGACUCACCGAGGAGAAUAAAGGUUUGAGGAGAAAGCUGAACCUUCUGACACGGCCAAGCGGCAUCACAAUUGAAGAUGUCAACAUCGACGGGCCAGCUCUUCAAAUCCUUUAUGCAAACAACAUUAUUUCAAAGCAGUGUCGUCAAGAACUUGAAGAUUGCAUCUGCAGUUUGAUUUUGAAGCACCAGAACCCGAGCAAUGAAAAGAAAAACUCCAUAAUUCAAAUGACACCUCAGAAUUCCGCCUUUGCUAUGGAUGAAGAUCUACAGAAGUCUUCUUCCGGUACCAUAAAAACAACAACUGAAGCCUUUAAAGUGGUUGGAAGUGUCUUAUAUUUCACUACAUUCAGUGUUGAUAAACUUGGACAGCCUCUGGUGAAUGAAAACCCCCAGCUGACCGAUGGAUGGGACGUUCCAACCUAUCACCAGGUUUUCAACCAAGUCGUUGGCACAGAUGGACAGGACCUAGAAAUGAAAGACAAAAGACCCAAAUCAAUGUGUUUCAACUGUGGUUCGACUGGUCAUCAGCUGAGAGACUGUCCCAAGCCUAAAGACAUGGCUGCCAUUAAUGAGCGAAGAAAGGAGUUUAAUCAGAACAGCAACCCGGGGAUGAGUAACCAGCGAUACCAUGCUGAUGAAGUGGAGGAACGCUUUGCUAAAUACAAGCCUGGAGUCAUGAGUGAGGAUCUGUUGACAGCUCUGGGAAUUGAAGCCAACACCCUCCCUCCUCUAAUUUAUCGCAUGAGACAGCUGGGCUACCCACCAGGUUGGCUCAAAGAGGCAGAGAUGGAAGACUCUGGCUUAGCGAUGUAUGAUGGAAAUGUUUCAAAGGAUGGUAAUAUAAAAGACAAUUCACAAAACAUCUCUUAUGAUGUUUCCAAACUGGUAGACUUCCCAGGUUUCAAUGUACCUGCAGCACACACAAUGAAAGAUGAGUUCAUGCAGUAUGGUUCUAUUCCAAUGCAGACCAACCACAUGAAGCCAAACUAUGCAGCUUACCUGUCCAACAACUUCCCUAUGCCUGGUGCCACCUGCAACAAGAGACGGCAUGAAUCUGAGUCAUCUCCCCAGCAAAGGAAGAAGACUAGGCCCAGUCCUGAUCAGAACUCUGGCAGGAGCUCGGACAUGGAUAUUGAAUCAGACCCAGGAACACCUUAUAGUCAUGGCCAAGGUGACUUCCAGUUUCAACCUCCACUGCCCCCUGGCUCCCCUUGCUUCAGUUCUCCUCCUCCUUUACCCCAUGGCACUCCUCCAGCCACACCCACUCCUCCACCUCUCCCUAAAGGUACACCUCCUCCCACACCCACCAACGGCUCCCCAGCUCUGCGGGGGCGUAACUGGGUAGUAGUUGAUGAGACUGUAGGGGGAACAGAGGAUGAAUUGUCAUUGGAGGAACUGGAGGAACAGCAGAGGCUGAUUUGGGCCGCUCUAGAAAAUGCAGACACUGCCACUAAUAGCGACUGUGAGACACCUGCAGCGGGAACACCUGUACCCAGUUCACCAAGUGUGUCCACGCCUGUACAAGUCGACACAGAAACGGAGGAGGUUGAAGAAACGAUGGACACAACGAAACCUGCAGAAACUUGCCAUAGCAGUGAAGAUAAAAGUGAACCAGGGGCUAAAGAGAUUCAGAUUCAGACUCAGAGCCCUGAACCAGUCAAAGCUCAAGACGAAAGCCUGCAGAAUCCAGGUCCAAUUAAAUCCCAGGAUGACAGCCCGCAGAGCCCUGAUCCAAUCAAAUGCCAGGAAGAAAACCCCCAGAGCCCUGAUCCAAUCAAAUGCCAGGAAGACAACCCCCAGAUUCCUGAUCUAGAUGUCUCUAAUGGGGGAGCUGGAGAUUGUGCUUCUCCUAACCAUGACGAGAAGAUAACAGCUGUUCCUCAUCGGAGCAGAUUUGCAGCUGGCAUCGUUCCAUUUGAAGAUACACCAGAGUUCACUGAAGUUGCUGAAGCCACAGGGACAUACCUUCGGAUCAGAGACUUGCUUAAAAGUUCCCCUCGAAGUUUGGCGAAGAAAAAAUAAAAAUGUACUGUCUUCAUUUGGAACACAUGGAUAUUUUUUUAAACAAAAACUCUCUUUUUCAUCUUCAUGGCCAUCCUAUUAAGCAUGUUUUUAGCUGUUCAUUAUUUUGUACCAAGUUGAAUGUUUAUGCUGUGUAUAUACAUUUGAUCUGUAAGCAUACGAGGGGUGGGCAUUAAGGCAUCAAUAGUUUGUAGGUAUUGACCAGUUAGUUUUUUGUAGCAGUUAUUCAUGCUGUUCAUUUUAUUGUAAAAUUUGUAAAAUGGUAAUUUCAUGACCUGUAUUAAUAAUUUUAAUAUGAUGUUUAAAUGUUUUAUUUUCUAUUUUUGUCCCACAUGAAUUGCUCUAAAUUCAUUAAGUAAACAGGCUUUCUCUUG